CAGCUUCCAACUUGUUUCAACAACAGUCAUCUUUGUGGUUACCCUGCGCUUCUCUCUUUCAAAGAAUUUCGAGAUGUCGUAUAAACUGUGAAGUAAAUUUGAGGUUUAGUAGUUAUGGCUUUCUUGCCAAUUGGGGUUCGUGCUGUGGCUGGGCAGAAGCCGCAGAACUAUUCCGAGUCCGGGUUAUUCUGCUGGCAGAACUGGCAGAGUCUGACAUGUGCGGGAGUUCUGAAACAUUCAAGUUCUGCCGGGUUCUGCCAUCUGCCUGGUAGUCCACACUACUAGCUAUAUGGCGAUGUGCUGGGAUUAAUCGUAGAUAUGUAUCCAUUUGAAGAAUUACCUGAACUCACGUACAAGUCGCAAAAAAUGCAUUUCUCCUUUGCAACUGUCCUCGCCGUUAUUGCUACUUUAGUAGCAUCAAGCUCUGCUAUCCCCUCUACCAGUGAAGCAGCUGGAUGUCCCGCGUCUUGCGAAGUUGACGCACAAUGUCAAGAUAGACACUGUGCUUUGAAAAAAUGCAGCGUUCUGGGAUUCUGCACAGUGAUGAUUUGUCGAGUUGAUCGACGCAAUGUGCAUUCGGUCCACCUGCAGCUCGAAUUAUUUAAUAGAGUCACUCAGAGUAAACUGCGCCGCUAUUAGAAUUUGUUCCAUUCAAAGCAAUUAUAUUUGCCGUGUUCUACAGAUCA